AUGGAAAACAACACUAAACUCACUGAAACAUUAUGGGAUCCUGAAAGUAUAUUGUCUUCAUCAUCAGAUUCCAAAUAUGCUAUUGUUAUUUUAAAUCAACCAAUUUUAUUGGCGAAAAAAAUUGUAUUUCCUUUAUGGAAAAAAGCACAAAUUAGAGUUACUGUUGAUGGUGGUACGUAUCAAUGGCUAAAAUACUUAGGACCAUUGGCAGAUGAAGUUCUUUCUGGUAACUACCUGGAAUAUGCUCCAGAUUUAGUGACAGGUGACUUUGAUAGUAUUUCACCCGAUUGCAUGGAUAAAUUAAAAAAUACAAACGUUAAAGUAAUUGAAACUCCUGACCAAAAUUACACUGAUUUCACCAAAUCGCUAAUUCAACUGUUUAAUGAAUGCAGAAAUAAAAAUAUUAGGAUAAAUAAAGUCUAUGUUUUUGUUGAAUCAGCCGGACGGUUAGAUCAUAUUAUGGGUAAUCUAGAUACGCUAUAUAAAAGUGAAAAAAUAAUCGAAGAUGAUAAAACGAUUAUUUUAAUAGCAAGUAAUUCUUUAACAUGGUUAUUAAAAUCAGGUUACCAUAUAAUCAAAAUUCCUAGAGUUUUAAUUGAAGAUAAGUCAUGGGCCGGCCUUCUUCCAGUCGGAUCUUCUGUUAAAACUAUUUCAUCAACUGGGUUAAAAUAUAAUUUAGAUAAUCACACACUAGCUUUUGGAGAUCUUAUAAGUAGUUCUAAUACGUAUGAUGGAUCAACACAAGUCACUAUAACUACAGACAGUAAAAUUAUUUGGUCUAUGGGUAUUGAAUCUUUAGUUGAGUUGGAGUAA